GCUGAAACGAGACUUACCAAAAACAAACAAAAUGGCGUCGGUUAAAGUUCAGGUUGAAUACUGUGGAAGCUGAGGUCACUUCCCUCGGUUUAGGCGUCUGAUGGAGGACAUCCUCUCAGAGUUGCCAGAAACCGAGGUGGUUGGAGAUGUCGGGAGAAACCAGUCAUUUGAGGUCUCAAUUAAUGGACAGCUGGUGUUCUCAAAACUCAAGACAUAUGGGUUCCCCAAAGCACAAGAUAUUAUUAAGGAAAUCCAGCGGGCUUCACAAGGGGAGAAAUGUCAGGAAAUAACGGAUUCCGAGUCCCCCUGGUGUGUCUUACUCUAACCCUGUGUGCCUACUACACAAACGCCUAGCCUGUAAUAAACAGAAACACAUGAACACUGAAAUAUACCAGUGGUUUAGAUGACAAACUACAAGGAGGAUGGUUGGACACAAACAAAAAAUCAGCAUUAAUUGUUUAUUAAAAUAUCAGUCAAGUAAAUUGAAGCAUGCUAAUGCAUGGGAAAAAGACAUAACAUGAAAUUACCUUUUUGAUGUUUUAAAUGAAUUUUGAAUAAACUAGUGAUGUAAGAGGAAGUUUUAAUAAAUGUAUGGAAUGUUGUGUACAGAAAUACUUUAUAACAUACAUUUGUACUUAUUUGAAUUACAUCAAACUCCAGAUUAAUAUACAUCAGCAUGGGGACCUGUGUUUCCCACAUCAAUUGUGUGUUACUGUUGCCCGUAUCAUUCAAGCGCUCACCCUAAAGGUCAAGAUUACAAUUAUAAGCCAUUUGCUUCUCAUCAGACAAGACAAAAUCGGAGUCAUUUGACAGUAUCCUGUGACUGCCAUUGUCAAUUUUAUUUUCCACAAAUAGAUUCAUUUUAGUACCACAUAAAUUGUGUUAAAUAACUGUUGUGUUCUUGAGAUGAUGUGUUUCUCCUUUUUACAGGCCUUGUAAGUGUGUAAGGGAUAUUUCAAAUCCAGAUUUUCAGUUAAAUACUACACAAGCGCAUGAGGAAACUUAGCUAAACAAAUGAAGCUAUUUUUCUGAUUAAUAUUUUUGAUGUUAGUAUUUGAGUGAUUGUCAGGGAUUCCAAUAUUUCCUUUUUUAAAGUAUUUUUAAUAUACAGAAGAUAUAUACGUUCAUGUUGCAAUUACAUUGUGUUGUUCAUAUACAUUCAAAUACAUGUAUAUAUUUUGUGUUCAAUAAUUAUACAUAUAUGGUUUCAUACCUUAUUAUUGUAAAUUCCUUUUCUUUAUAGACCACCUUUUCUGGUUUGAUUCAAUAUUAAUAUAUUAUUUUUGAUAUUUGUUAUUAUGAUGUGUUUAAAAAUGAUGUAUAACUAUCAAAGUUGCAUUUAAUAAAUGUUUUAUGUAAGAAAAUCAAAUGUAAAGAGAAAAGAUUUAUGAUUUAUCAUUCUCAAACAUUUCUGUGCAAUUAAACGGGUGUCUGUUGAAACUUUCUACUUCAAGGAUUGUUUCUGUAGUUUUUCAUAUAAAUAUUGAGGUUUUUCAAAGAUUGAUUCAAUAUGAAAAAUAACUGUUUUGAUAAAUUACUGUAAUUGCGAAAUAUUUAAUCAGUAAAAGUGUACUUGCCGUUGAAGGGUCGGUCUCACACAAAGGGUUCAUGUUGGCACGUGCUUCUAUUUCGAAAUUCGACCAUGCAUGUAUUAAGUUGUUUUAGAUAAUUUGUAAUGAUUUUCAAACCAACAUUCUUUUUAGUGGUCUAUAUUAUAUUGUGUAAACUACAUGUUCCCUCAAAUGGGGUCAGUCACUAUUUAUAUUUACCGCAUCACCUGAUUAAAAUCAAUAACUGCU